GCGAGCGGCAGCGGGCACGAGGCAGCUCCGGACGGACCCAUGCCAGCCAAACGAUGACCAGUUGUGGCCAGCAGUCCCUGAACGCGCUCGCCGUCCUCUCGCUGCUGAUUUCGGCAGUCUUGUCCGCGCAUUUCCGGGUCUGUGAGCCGUACACGGACCACAAAGGCCACUACCACUUCGGCUUCCACUGCCCCCGGCUCUCGGACAACAAAACCUUCACCCUCUGCUGUCACCAUAACAACACGGUUUUCAAAUACUGCUGCAACGAGACAGAGUUCCAGGCGGUGAUGCAGGUGAACCUCACGGCCGGCUCCGAGGGCUACAUGCACAACAAUUACACCGCCUUGCUGGGAGUGUGGAUCUACGGCUUCUUCGUGCUGACGCUGCUGGUCCUGGACCUUUUGUAUUACUCGGCAAUGAACUACGACAUUUGCAAGGUUUACCUGACGCGGUGGGGCAUCCACGGACGGUGGAUGACACAGGACCCCCAGCGGUGGGGGAACCCUGUCCGGGGGGCCCGGCCGGGGCAGCUGGCCCCGCAGCCCCAGCCCCCCCCAGGCCCCGCGCCACAGGCCCCCCAGGCCACGCACUCGCUGCAGGGAGACACGCACAGCCCGCCGCUGGUGACCUUCCAGAGUUCGUCUGCCUGAAAACCCUUUUGCCGUGCCUCAGGAUGGGGGAGGUGAGACCUGAAGCGCCCGGCGCAGCCUCCAAGAACAACUUCAACAGAGACACCCGGGAGAGCCGAGGGGCCGUGGUGGUGGCAGAGGAGGAAAUACUGCCUGUGCCCAAGGCCCCUUUCUGCGGACUUCUGAGACUAGGAGCAAACUCAGGGGUGGGGACCCGGAGGUUCAGGGGAGGGGGUUCUGAGCCGCCCGUCCGCAAGCAAUAGUCCCAUUUUGGGCUGGUGGCUUUUGAGAGGUGACGCAUUGUAGACUCAAGAUGACCAACACAAAGCUGCUCUGGCCCACCCAGGCCGGAAGGAUUGAGGCCCAUGCGUCGUAUCUGUGGUUCCCGUGCCUCUGUUCCCUCCAGUAGUGGCUCGUGGGCCUAUGUGCCAGAAUAUUGAAUUUAUGAGAGUGUGUGUGUGUGCGUGUGUGUGUGUGUGCACGUGUGAUUUGGGUGUUC